AUGACCAUUAUCGACAUCAACAAGGACUUGGCUGCUCUGUUUGAGCAGCAGGCGGCCGCCACGCCUGAUGCCGUGGCUCUUGAGGAUGAGAAGAGAUCGCUCACCUAUGCCGAGCUCGACAGGGAGACGUGGGCUCUGGCUGAGCGGCUGCGCAACCACGGUGUUGGUCGCGAUGACCUCGUCGGUGUCCUGAUGGGACGGAGUGCCGAUUACGUGAUUGCAUCUGUCGCUGCUCUCCGCGCUGGUGGUGCCUUUCUCGUCCUUGAGGUGGCAUAUCCUCCAGGUCUUUUGCGAGAUGUCAUUGAGGAUGCAAAGCCAACUGUCAUCUUGACCCAGGUCGAGCACGCCAGCCACAUCAAGUCUGAUGUUCCCGUCAUUGUCGUCGACCACCCCGACAAGGAGGCUAGAGGAGAUAUUACACCUCAAUUGGACGAGAGACGUCCGUUGCCCGAGGAAGACGACGUCGAGAGGCUCGCCUUUGUCUCAUACUCUUCUGGUACCACUGGACAGCCCAAGGGUAUCAUGAACCCCCACAGAGCCGCCAUCCGCUCAUACGACCUGCGAUUCGGCGUCAGCGACCUCAAGCCCGGUGACAGGGUAGCUUGCAACGUCUUUUUCAUCUGGGAGAUGCUGCGGCCUCUUCUGCGGGGUGCCACCACUGUCGCUAUCCCCGACCACGCCAGCUAUGAUCCCGUUGCUCUUGUUGAGCUUCUCUCUUCGUGGCGCAUCACCGAUACCCUCAUGACCCCGACACUUUUGGCCACUGUUCUUUCUCGACACCCCAAGCUUGGCGAGCGUCUUCCUCAUCUUCGCUCGCUGUGGCUCAAUGGCGAGGUUGUUACCACCGACCUUGUUCGACGCGCCGUUGACGCCCUCCCCAACGCCCGUCUUCUUAACGUCUACAGCGCUAGUGAAACCCACGAGACUGCAGUGGGUGACAUCAAGACAUUUAUCGACUAUGACACAAGAGUCUGUCCUGUCGGUCCUCUCACCGACCCUGAACACACUUACAUCCUUGAUGAGGCCGGCAACAGAGUUGGGCCCGGUGUAAGUGGUGAGCUGUACGUGGGAGGUGACCUCCUGGCAAGAGGAUAUCUCAACCUACCCGAGACCACUGCCAAGGCGUUCCAGUCGGAUCCUUUCGACCCUGAAAAGGAUGCGCGCAUGUACAGAACUGGUGAUCUUGCGAGGUUGCUUCCUAGCGGACUUUUGGAGAUCACAGGCCGAGUUGGAGGUAUGAUCAAGACCCGUGGCUACACCGUCCAGCCUGGCGCCGUCGAGAGCGCUAUCCGAAAACACUUGGCUGUUCGCGAUUGUGCAGUCAUUGCCCAUGGUGAGGGCUUGGAGAGGCAGAUUGUGGCAUACAUCGUCCGCGAACAGGGCGAGCCCAGAGACCGAACCAUCCCCAUCAUUGAUGAGUACGGAUACAGCCCGGUGGCUCGACGUGCUCUCUCAGAUCACCUCGCUCAUUACAUGAUCCCUCCUGUCUGGGUUGAGCUCGACGAACUCCCCACGCAUGGAGUUUCUGGCAAGACUGAUCUCAAGGCUCUGCCUCCGCCACCAUCUCCGCGGUCACCCAAGGCACCCCCGAAGAAGGAGCACAACAUCAAGAUCAAGAUGGAGACCAUCAUCAUGCUCUGGGCAGCAUCUCUCAACAUGCCCGCUAAUGCCAUCACACCGAAGCACGACUUUUUCGAUCUGGGUGGUCACUCGUUGGCUCUUGCUGACCUUGCAAGCCGACUUACCAGGACAUUUGGAUUCCCUGUUCCUCUUGCGCCUUUGGCUGGAAACCCCACUCUCGAAGGACAUCUCUCGGCCGUCAAGGCGGCUCGCGAUGGUCAUACUGCUGCUGUGCAGGCUGAUCUGCCGGCUGUUCUCCGCGCAGAUUCAGCUCUGCCUGAAGAGAUCCAGUCGAAUGGCACCCCGAUGCGUGCUCUCAAGGACGCUGACACGAUUCUUCUUACCGGUGUCACUGGAUACCUUGGAGCUUUCCUUCUCAAGACCUUGGUUGACUCUACCAAUGCUCACAUCAUCUGUCUCGUGCGAUUCCCCGAACCCGUGGAGGACUGUGCACCGGCUGGUAUGGCCCGAAUCCGAAAGAACUUGAUCGACCUGGGCGUUUGGGAGGAUUAUCUGCUGGAGCGCAUGGAGAUCUUGCCAGGGACACUCGCUAGGAAGCGUUUUGGUCUCUCGCCUGAAGCCUUUGACGAGCUGGCGACUCGGGUGCAAGUCAUUGUGCACGCCGCCGCCACCGUCAACUUGGUGUAUCCCUAUGCUGCUCUGAGGAAUGCCAACGUGGGAGGUACGAGGGAGAUUCUGCGACUCGCAGGCCGCAGUGGAGCGACUGUCCAUCACGUUUCCACCAACGGUGUUCUCCCCCCUUCCACUGAGGGCUGGUCUGAGGAUGUUGUCAUUGACAUUGACGAUGUCCCAACCAAGCUGCUGGAUGGCUAUGGUCAGACCAAGUGGGUUGCUGAGAAGCUCGUCUACGAGGCCGGUCGUCGAGGUAUUCCUGUCCGAGUGUAUCGACCUGGUACCAUUACCGGUCAUAGCCACUCUGGUUCGACGAAUGCUUGGGAUCUGAUGAACGCCAUCUUGGUCGAGUCAUUGCAGCUCGGCCGAGCGCCGGAUGUCGAUGGAUGGUUCCUAGAGAUGACGCCUGUGGACUUUGUCAGCAAAGCCAUUGUUACCCUCGCCAACCACACAGAUGAUGAAGACCAGACUCUGUACCAUCUGGGUGAUCCUGCUCCUGUGGCUUCCAAGGACGUAUUUGACUCUCUGGCCAAGAUUGGCUACCCCACAGAGCCUCUCCCAUGGGACGAAUGGGUUGCUCUCUGGCAUGAGAAGCGAGGCGACAGGAAGGGAGGAGAUGAUCCCUUCACCGUUGAUAUUCUCCGCGGUGGUAUGCCCAACGUAGAGGUUCUCAAGUCUGUCAUUGUGCUCAAGGAUGGCAAGACACAACCAACCCUAGACAAGUACGAGGUCUUUAGACCCAAGAUCGACGACGGCCUCUUGGAGAUCUAUACCCGCCACUUCUACGCGCGAGGUUGGUUGCCUCGCCCUCCUAAGCGUGUGCAGGUCAAUGGCGUGGCCAAGAAGGCAAACAAGGGUCGUCUGGCCGGCAAGGUUGCUGUCGUGACAGGUGCCUCUUCUGGCAUCGGUGCCGCUGUCGCUGCUGGCCUCGCCAAGGAGGGUGCGCACGUCGCCCUGGCAGCUCGACGCACCGAGGCCCUCGAAGGCGUCAAGAAGAAGAUUGCUGUGCACGGAGGCAAGGUGCUGCUCCACAAGACGGACGUGACAGACAAGGCCCAGGUGGAGUCCCUGAUGAAGGAGGCGAGCGAGCAGCUGGGCCCUGUCGACAUCCUUGUCAGCUGCGCGGGUGUCAUGUACUUUACCAUGAUGGCCAACAACCAGACGGACGAGUGGGAGCGCACCGUCGAUGUCAACUGCAAGGGUCUGCUGCACUGCCUGUCGUCGACGGUGCCUGGCAUGCUCUCCCGCGGCAGCGGCCACAUCGUGGCCAUCUCGUCGGAUGCCGGCCGCAAGGUGUUCCCCGGCCUGGGCGUCUACUCUGCCAGCAAGUUCUUUGUCGAGGCGACGCUGCAGGCUCUGCGACUCGAGACAGCGGGCUCCGGCCUCCGGGUGACGUCGAUCCAGCCCGGAAACGUGGCAACGGACCUCCUGGGCAUGUCGACGGACAAGGAGGCGCUCAAGAAGUACGGUGAGCCCACGGGCGCCAAGGUGCUGGAGCCCGAGGAGGUUGCGAGCUCGAUCGUGUACGCCGUGUGCCAGCCUCCUCAUGUGGCAGUCAACGAGGUUCUCAUCGAGCCUCGGGAUGAGCCUAUCUAA